AUGGAGUCUCGAGGAUCUUCUGAUCAAGAAGAUGAACAUAUUGUUCAAGUCAGAGAAGCUUUAAUGUGCCCCGACGGUGAGAAAUUCGAAGGUUUGCGAACGGCGAGGUUCCUUAACUACACCACCGCAUCUAUAGACGACCAAGUUUUCGAUCUCCCGCUCGACGCGUUCUCGUAUCGGCCUCAGACGGUUAAUCCGGUGAAAUGGACGGCGAAGAUUUCGUUCCCCGGCUGGGGAUCUCCGUCGUUGAACUGGAUCGAGUGGGUAAACGCGAUGGCCGAGUCUCACGCGACGGUGUGGAGGAAAUCGGGAGUUCACGACGCGAUUCUGGCGUCUCGGUAUCAGAUUAAGAAGCGGGAUGAUCUGAUAAUGGCUCUGAUUGAGAAAUGGUGCAUAGAGACGAACACAUUCGUGUUCAAUUGGGGAGAAGCGACGGUGACGCUUGAGGAUAUGAUUGUUCUCGGUGGAUUCUCUGUGAUUGGGAACAAUGCUUUGGCUCCGAUCAAAAAAGGAGAUAUGAAGGAGGUGGAGGAGAAGAUGAAGACGGCGAAACGCGGAAUCGAGGCCGAUUCGGGGAAGAAAUGUUCCGUUAGCUCGUGGAUGAAGACGAUGAUGAGCUCAGGGAAUGAGAUUGAGCAUGAGGCGUUUAUGGUUUCAUGGCUUUCACGUUUCGUGUUUCCAAAUUCAGCUGAUUUGUUGAGGGAUUUGCUGUUUCCGGCUGCGAUUCAGCUCGCUAAGGGGGUUCGAUUGGCUCUGGCGCCGGCGGUUUUAGCCGGAGUUUAUCGAGAUCUCGGUGUUUUGAAAGAGCAUAUUGCUGGUUACAGUGAGAGAGAGAGUGUUGUGGUGAAGUCUCCGUUUCAGUUUGUGCAGGUUUGGGCUUUUGAGAGGAUCAUGGAGUUGCAGCCACCGGGCGGACCAAGCCAGUUAAAACCUGGUGAGCCACGGAUGGCCCGGUGGCACCAAUACGGUGGCGGUGGUCAGGAUGCAUACGGCUACACGGAGAACGUUAGAGCGGUGUUGGACUCGGCUAAAGAGAGUUUCGACUAUCGUCCAUACACAAAGCCUCUGAGCAACUUCACAUUCCCGAGGUUUUACUUGGAAGAUGACUGUUGGGUUCGUGUGGACUCUGGUGACAAGAACAUUGUAUCCUUUGGCCGGUGCCUGAGGUUCUCUAAACUUGUUGGUUUGGAUUGCAUCGAGCCUUAUUAUCCGCACCGUGUGGCGUUGCAGUUCGGUUAUGACCAGGAUGUUCCCGGCGUUGUUCCGGCUAGGAUUGAGUCGCCGGAAUUGGCCUGGAAAGAUUACAUCCGUCCGGUUUCUGAUGACAUGUUGUACAUUCCUGCUCGGCUCCAUGAAGGUGAUGUUACGGUUGGGUACAUUCGUUGGUGGAGGCUCUCUGUUGCGAUUCUGCAGUCCGAGGCUAAGAAAAUUGCCGAUAAGCUUCUUGCUUCACCUCCGAGACAGAAACCAGUGACUCCAACAGCUGCUGCAACGACCCCAACGAAGACGACAUCUUAUUCACCAGGGAAGUGGAAAACAUCAGGUGCAAAAGCUGAUAGAAAGGAUCAAGAACUGGUGAAGAAGCGGGAAACGGAAACAAAGAGAGGGACUUCUUCUGUUACAGGUUCAAGGAUGGAGGUGGAUAGAGCAGAAGGUAGGAGCCAUAGCAGUAGUAGCUACGGAGGGAGCAAAAUGGGAUCAGAGGAAGCGACUAAGCGUUCUCUAAAGAAGCCUGAAUGGGUCCAGAGGCCAUCGCCUAGCUUUGGCAGAGCAGCGGUCGAUGUUAAGGAUCUUAGAGGAGCUCUCAAGGGGUCAGGAGGAACAAAGGGUCAAGGGCAUGUCACAUUUCAGCUUCCUGAUUCACCACCAGAGAGGUCUCCUCCACCGAAGUCACCUACACUUUUUCCAAAGCAAAGCGAUUCUUCUGUCCAAAAAUCGAGAAUGUUACCUCGAGUAGUAGGCAAUGCCAAACAAUCGAGGUGUUCUCCUCAGGUUCCAUCAAGACAUGCAUCAUCUGUUUCUCUUCCUCCAAACCAUAUAAAGAAUAACAAUUCUCCAAGCCAGCGAGUUUCAAAGCCAUCAUCUGUCUCUGGUUCUUCUUCUUCAACUAGGAAGUUACCAAGAUCUCCUGAAGCUGUCAACUUGCGUGGUCAGAAAAAUUCUCCAAGCCCGCGAGGUUCAAAAGACCGGUACAAGUCACCAUCUGUCUCUGGCUCUUCUUCUUUAACAAGGAAGAAGUCAUCACUAAGAUCUCCUGAAGCUGUCAAUUCUCGCGGUACCAACAGUUCCCAAAGUCCCCGAGUUUCAAAAGACCUGAACAAGUCGUCGUUUUCUUCUUUAACGAGGAAGAAGUCACCAUCACCAAGAUCCUCUGAAGCUGUCAAUUCUCAUGGUGAUUCAUCUCCUAGAGGCGAUUCUGCUGUCAAGAGAAAUAACACCGACGUAAGCACCACAGCUUCCAAACAAGAAUCACCGAGGAAAACACAACAACUUGAAAUCGGCAAGGCUACUACUACUACUACUAAUGUGAAGUCUCUGGAAGAGAUUGUGACUUUGCGGGAACACGUUGACGAAGGAGGUGAAGUGACAUAUCAUAUACCGAAACAACAGUUUGAGGAUUUGACACAAGGAGUGCAAGAUGUUCUACAGGAUCUGCAGUCUAUUAAAUCCGCUUUGAACAUACAAGAUCAUGAUGAAUAG